GCUAAGCGAAGCAGUGGACAGCGCUCAUCAAUAGAUAAAGAUAAGGCUAUAUAAUACGCUUUGGCUAGUGGAUAUUUACAAUUGUUUUAAAGUAGCCUAACGUGAUACGAGGAUUUUUUUAUUUGGAAGAGAGUGGAUAUUGUUUUUGCGACGGAGUGGCUUUGCGCGUCAAGAUACCUUAUUCACUGGAAUGUUAUCGAGUAAAUUACUUCGAUUUGACUCGUGAAAAAGUGAAAAGCAUGAGCCUUUAUAGCCUACGUAUGCUUUCAAGUUCAUAGCCCACGAAUACCGGUCGCGUUAGACGUUUGUUGUAUUUCACUAGAGCAAAUUUAACCACGGUAUCCAAUUUUGGCAGUAUACUGUAAUAGCUUCUGCUUGUCUGCCAAAAGAUGACGGAAAACAAUGAGAAGGAGAAUGAACCGCAACACCGGGACCUCCAUCGUUGCCGGAGCACUGUGCCUAUUCAGCCCGAAUCAAAGCUGCAGCGACUAAAGCGCUCCUUGUCCUUCAAGUCAGUGAUGCGCAGCAAGAGCGUGGACAACUUCUUCCAGCGCCCCAGCAACGGGGAAGUCCGCCUGCCCUCUGGGAUCAUCCACGAGCCUCCGCUGACCUCCUCGCCACCACCCUUCGGGGAGACGCCCCUGACCUGCGAGCGCUCACCCUCCCUCUCCCCUUCGCUCAGCCCCAACCCCUCGCUUUCGUCCCGCUCGCCCUCCCUCAGUCCCUCCCUCUCCCUGACCUCCAAAGCCCAGCUCCAGGGCCGGCUAGUGAAGACCCACUGUUUCCAGGAGCACGUCUUCCGUCGGCCCACCUGCUGCCAGCAAUGCAAACACGUGAUCCAGGGGAACUCCAAGCAGGGUCUGCGCUGUAAAGCCUGUAAGCUGGGCGCCCACCUCUGGUGCUCCUCUGAGCUGUCCCAACAGCCCUGCACAGGAAAGACGGGGGCCUUUAAACGGAACUUCAGCUCCCCUCUCUUGACUAAUGAUAUGUUAGGGGUGGUCAAGGAAGCUCCACCAUCGCAAGAGUCUGAUAAAGGGGGAGUUGACCCUGUGUAUGAGGCUCUGCGUUAUGGAACGUCGCUGGCACAGAUGAGUCGCUCUAGCUUCGGAAGCAUCACUGAGUCCCCCAUUCAUAAGGUGGAGAGAGUAGGGGAGGGACUGGAAACGCAACCAAUCGUUGAGGAGGAGUUUGUCCCUCAGACUCUCAAUCCUCCUGAAAGUGAAGCUGAUUCAGAGGACAGGGUCAGUCUGAAGACUCCAAAGCGCAUCGACGUCCACUCUGUACACACCUAUGUGGCUCUGUACAAGUUCAUCCCUCAGGAGAAGAAUGAUCUGGAAUUACAACCUGGCGAUCGAGUGCAAGUAACUGAUGACUCUAAUGAGGACUGGUGGAAGGGGAAAAGCAAAGACAAGCUGGGUUUCUUCCCCGCCAACUUUGUACAGAGAGUGCGCCCAGGUGAGCGUGUGUGGAAGGUCACGGGUGGUUUCCAUGGUGACCGUGACAGAGGGCAGAUGACUGUGAAAGAGUCUCAGAUCUGUGUGGGGAAGAACGAAGAGUUGGACGGUUUCCUAAAGCUGAGCAGUGGGAAGAAGAGAGGUCUAGUCCCUUCCAAGUACCUUCUGGAGAUAUGACUUCCGUCAAAGAAGGGAAUUCUCUGUGUCCCGACCCUCGUUCUGCCCUGAAGACCACCCUCUAUCAGGAGCGCUUCCCUAACACCUCACUGAUUGCCAACCCCCUGGAUGUGGAAAUGGACCCUCCCAGCAACACCAGAAAACAUAGAGAGGGAGGGAAAAUAUGGUGGACACUGGCCAGGAUCGAAUUGGUUUCACUGCUUUGCUUGGAGUGGUGGAAUAAUUUUGAGAGAAAGGAGGGGGGAGGGCUUCUGUUGAGCUAGCUGCUUUACCUGUGGUGUACCCUCACACUCUUUUACCUGUUCACGCGCACACACACACACACACACACACACACACACACACACACACACACACACACACACACACACACACACACACACACACACUGCACAAAGACACUGAUGCUAACAAUGGCCCUGGAGCUUGGGUGGCGUGACUGUAGCAGGCAGUGGUUGUCUGAAAGAUGUAUGGAUACCUCACAAUCUACACAAGCACAGCUUCUGCUUGAGCCAAGGUGGAGAAGACUGGCAAUUAUUCGCCGUGUGGUCGUGUGACCUUUUGGAUUUCAUGUGAAAGUGAAAUUUGGACGUUUUUGUGAGUCCAAGUUCUGUAGCAUUUUAUUGUAGCAGCUUGUUGCGACAAAGCUCUUUUCCUUUGAGGUUGUCCUCCCAGCCAGAUAUGGUAUAGCCGCAUUCCCUGUGGCGCAGAAUAUUUAGCACAUUGGGGCAAACCAAAGUGGGUAGGUGGUGGGGGUAGAAGGGAGCCUCAAGGGCCCUAUGCUUGACUUGAGGAUUGUAGCUUGGACAAUGUAAUUGAAAGUGUACUGUUGAGUCAAAUUUAUUGAUGCAUGCUUCACUCACUCCCUGACCAUUGGGAGGUUCAGGUCCUAGCAUUUAAUCUUUGCUAACCCCCUUCUUUCUUUACAUUGCUCAAUCCCAUUUGACAAUUUGUUUAGCUAAAUGGCUAACAGUUUUUUUGGUGCAAAAUGGCUUCCGUGGCAUCAUCCAGGUGGGUGCUACACAUACCUAUAGGUGUUGGAUGAGGUUUAAAGUGCUCCGAGCAUCAGGAAAAGCGCUAAAUAAUAUAAAAUCCAUUAUCGUCAAUGAUCUUUACUAUUAAGAAGGGUUUAGCCAGGAGAGCGAGGGGAGACAGACACACAUGUUAAUCCUGCUGUGGUGUCCUUCCCAACGAUGCGUGAUUAUUUGGGACCUCUGUCCCUCUUCCCCCAUUUAUUUCCCCCACCUCUCUGUCUGUCACACAUGCUCUCUGUCUAGCACUCUCUCCCUCUCUGUGAUCACUGAAGGCUUAGAGGUCUGUGACUGCAGCAGAGGUCACAGCGGUCACAGCACUGAGACAGUGUAGCAUGAUAAGACACUCAGACACAAAGCUUAACUUAAAAGUCAGAUUCCUCCCUCUAUAUGGGCUCCUCCGCAGGCCUCUGGAUGUCAGCCAUUUUCAUAGCAUUUUAUAGUAAGUUAGUAAUACAUUAUUCUCAUGGAAUGUGUUAGGAUGCAACCACCCGACAGAAUUAUUUUCACGUGCGCAAUGUCCUCAGCCCUUUUGGUAAUGCCAUGUUGUGUUUUUUUUCUUCUGUAUCUUGUGUUGAAACAUACCAUUCUAACACUCUCAAAUGCCUAGGAUGUUUUUGUGUAUCCUGCUGAAUUGAGAGUGAAAUGUCUAUGAAACACUGGAUACAACGUCCUGUGGAUGUCAUUACUUCCUUUGCUGAAUUAUUCACUCUAGGAUUCACUCCGUAGCAGUCAGAAGCUUUCUUGGCAAUAACCACUUAGUACCAGUCAAAAGUUUGGACACACCUACUCAUUCAAGGGUUUUUCUUUAUUUUUACUAUUUUCUACAUUGUAGAAUAACAGUGAAAACAUCUAAACUAAAUGGAAUCAUGUAGUAACCAAAAAAGUGUUAAACAAAUCAAAAUAUAUUUUAGGUUUUUGAUUAUUCAAAUUAGCUACCCUUUGCCUUGACAGCUUUGCACACUCUUGGCAUUCUCUCAACCAGCUUCAUGAGGAAUGAUUUUCCAACAUUCUUGAAGGAGUUCCCACAUAUGCUGAGCACUUGUUGGCUGCUUUUCCUUCUCUCUGCGGUCCAAUCCAUCUCAAUUGGGUUGAGGUCGGGUGAUUAUGGAAGCCAUGGCAUCUGAUGCAUCACUCUCCUUCUUGGUCAAAUAGCCCUUAGUCAAAUAACUUUUACAAUGAUGGUGUAGGCAGUCAUUGUAAAUAAGGAUUUGUUUUUAACUGACUUGCCUAGUUAAAUAAUUAAUUCAAAUAAAAAAAUGUAAACAACAUUUUUACAGCCUGGAGGUAUGUUUUUGGUCAUUGUCCUGUUGAAUGACAAGUGAUAGUCUCACUAAGCACAAACCAGAUGGGAUGGCAUAUCGCUGCAGAAUACUGUGGUAGCCAUGCUGGUUAAGUGUGCCUUAAAUUCUAAAAAAAUCACUGACAGUGUCACCAGCAAAGCACCCCACACCAUCACACCUCCUCCUCCAUACUUCACGGUGGGAACCACACAUGUGAAGAUCAUCCGUUCACCUACUCUGUGUCUCACAAAGACACUGUGGUUGGAACCAAAAAUCUCAAAUUUGGAAUCAUCAGACCAAAGGACAGUUUUCCACCAGUCUAAUGUCCAUUGCUGGUGUCUAUUCUUGUUAUCAGUGUCUUUUAGUAGUGGUUUCUUUGCAGCAAUUGCAACAAAAGACCAUGAAGGCCUGAGUCACACAGUCUUCCCUGAAGUGAUGAUGUUGAGAUGUCUGUUACUUGAACUCUGUGAUGCAUUUAUUUGGGCUGCAAUUUCUGAUGCUGGUAAAUCUAAUAAACGUAUCCUCUGCAGCAGGAGGUCCUCAUGAGAGCCAGUUUCAUCAUAGCGCUUGAUGUUUUUUGCGACUGCACUUAAAGAAACUGUUCUGGAUUGACUGACCUUCAUGUCUUAAAGUAAUGAUGGACUGUCAUUUCUCUUUGUUUAUUUGAGCUGUUCUUGCCAUAAUAUGGACUUGGUCUUUUACCAAAUAGGGCUAUAUUCUGUAUACCAUCCCUACCUUGUUCACAACAUAACUGAUUGGCUCAAAUGUAGUAAGAAGGAAAGAAAUUCCACAAAUGAACUUUUAAGAAGGCAGACCUGUUAAUUGAAAUGCAUUCCAGGUGACUACCUCAUGAAGCUGGUUGAGAGAUUGCCAAUAGUGUGCAAAGCUGUCAUCGAGGCAAAGGGUGCCUACUUUGAAGAAUCUAAAAUAUAUUUGGAUUUGUUUAACACUUUUUUUGGUUACUACAUGAUUCCAUAUGUGUUAUAUCAUAGUUUUGAUGCCUUCACUAUUAUUCUACAAUGUAGAAAAUAGCAAAAGUAAAGAGAAACCCUUGAAUCAGUGGGUGUGUCCAAACUUUUGACUGGUACUGCAUUUAAAUAGAACUAUGGGGAAACUGUUGUAUGUAUUCAGCUAUCAUGGCCUUAACCAUGUGGUAUACGGCUAUCAAAGAGUUCACUGUUUUCAGUAAUGGUUAUUACCUACCUAAUAUAUCAGCAUCAAGACUUAAAAGCACAACACAACCACAGGACUUUGCACUCUACCCGUUCUAGUCACACUGUACAUCUGAUUACCCCUCAGUAUAGUCUCAAUCUUUACUAACAGUUAUAAGGUGUAUAUUGCAAUUAAGCCACACUCUUGGAUUUCUUCAUCAAGGAGUGAGUCCACCAAGCAUUGGAUCAUCACAAUGCAUUCCAGUACAGUUACACACGCAUAUAGCACUUUAAUUAUAUGAUAUUUCUAUAGUGAUCCAGGGACGACAUUUCAUGAGAGCAACAGUACUUUUUCAUACAUGAUUUAAAGCUAUACAUACAGUAAUUUGUUUACAAAGUCCUAUAUAACUACAAAAGCAAAGACAAUGGAGUAAUGUGUAUGGUAUAUAUAUUCUCCUAAUCAAGGGGUGUAUUUUAUUAGUCAAAAUGUCCACUGGAGUGACUUGAAAUCGUACAGCAUGUAGCUUUAAAAGAAUAGCUGCGUAAUAAAGGUUUUAGAUGCAUAACGGGUAUAGUAGCCUUUAAGGGCUGGUCUUGGAUCAGUUUAUUUGAGACUGACUAACCAAGCCUGGCUCUGGACCAGUACUCCAAGGUCAUUUCCCUCCCCAUCCACCUGGCAUUGGCACACACAGUCUCCCUUCCUGCAUGGCCACCUGGACUGUGACCUGUACACAUGUCAAUAAA